AGUGCGACAAGCAGCCUGCUCUUGAAUAUAAUUAUAAUUAAAAAGUACAAUAGCAAUAAAAAACCAACAGGGAAUCUUCGCUAAGAAGAUGCCAAGUCUGGUGUUCUUGUGUUUAAUUGCUGGCAAUAUAGCACUUGCACUUGCAUACGCUUCGAAAGACAGCUCGGAGGAGACCCAGCACCUGAAUCCGACGGACUUUAGCAAGUGUCUUGAUUAUUGCCACCUGAAAAACGUACGCUUUCUCCUCUGCAUCGGUGAAGAUGGCAAGCUGGAGAAGAGUCCUUUGAAGACCUGCACUGAAGGAGACUGCAAGGCCGAGGAUUUUCAAAUCAAGUAUGAAACCAAAAACGGCUACGAAUUCCGGGAAAAUCGCGUGGAGGCCACCAAAGUGGGAAAACGCGCUCAUCUGCGGGAUCUCUGCCUGGAUGAAAGAAAUGUCCCGCUGAGACGAAGGUGUCAUAUCCGGAACGGCACAAAGACCUGGCAGAGUUUCGAAAAUGUAACCUGUAGAAUGGCUCCAGAGCUUAGCACGAAUCUGGAUACUCUGGCUGUAAAUAAUUCCUCGGAUUUGAGUCAACUGAGCGACUUGGUUACUCACUCGAAAGAGCCGCUCAACGCAGCCGAUAUCGUCAGUAUUUCUGAGAUUUUCAGUUCUCAAGUAAAGAAAUCCGUACAGAAAGUGGAUGACAUCGAAGAUUUGAUGAACAUUUGCCAGCAAGUGAUGUCCACCGAUAAAGAAACUCUGCGCCUAGCAGCAGAACAAAACGCCACCAACUCCUUGCUGAGCAAUUUCGAGGAUUAUCUGGACGCUCUGGCCCCGCAACUUUUACCUGGAGAUGGGACUACCAGCUUACAGAUUCCCAAUGAUAAUAGUCAAGUCGAAACACAACGUAUUCUCGACAAGGGAGUGGUGCUUUUGAGGACCAAGGAGUUGAGCGUAUUCUUUGUGGAUCCCGGCGUAGCAAAUGUGACGGGAAUAGCGAUCUUCCUCGAGGGAGUGACAUCACAGUUUAAAAUUCUUCAAUCAUCCGAGAAUCUGGAAAGUAUUCGGGCAAUCGAAAAUUUGGAGAGUGCGGCAAUUCUACCCGACAAACUCUGGCGAGAUGUGAAGGAAAGAGGAGCCCGCUACCUUAUCUUCAAAGUCUACGCUCGCGAUGCCCUCUUUGUGGAGACGGCGGAGGAACUGAAACGAAGGCCAACCAGCAAUGUUAUCUCAAUAACGAUACCGGGACUAGACGAUCACAACCUGCCCGGAAAAUUGCCCUUUUUCCUGCGUAAUGGCGACACAAAUAAAUCCCAAGCCCAAGGCGGCUGCGGCUACUGGAACUACGAGACCUGGCUUAGCGAUGGAAUCUCCACCUGUGGCAGUGGCAGUGGCAGUGAAGUCCCACUAGAUAACUCAUCGCAUCCCGUGAUCCUCUGCCAUGCGGAUCACCUCACCCAGUUUACGUUCCUGCUGGGAAUCAGAAAGCCACCAGAAGUGAUAUCAGCCACCGGCGAAAAGGAGUUGCCUUUGGAUAUUAUAACAAAUGUGGGAUUGUCGCUAUCGCUAAUGGGACUCUUGGGCAUUUUUGUGACUGCGGCACUGUUCAAGCGCUUCCGGAACACACCCUCUACGAAGAUCCUACUGAAUCUGUGCGUGGCUCUGGGACUCCAGCUUUCGCUGUUCCUGGUGCUAAGCGAAGGAGACUUGCUGAAACAGUUGGAUAGUACUGACUUCGAUCGUUGCCUGGUGACGGGAGCCCUGAUGCAGUACCUGCUCCUGGUGGUCUUCAGUUGGAUGUUCAUCAUUGGCUUGCUGCAGUACAAGCGAUAUGUGAAGGUGAUUGGGGUGAAGCAUCCCAAGCACUAUAUACUGAUGUCUGCUCUGGUGGCCUGGACCCUGCCCCUGAUACCCACGCUGCUGGUGGUUUUCCUGGACUCGGCCUCCUACAGACCCAGCGGUAAUACCACCACUGAGGAUAUACCGAUCCUGUGCUAUCCCUCGGGAUAUGGUCUGGGACUGGGUGUGAUCUUGCCCAUUGGUCUCAUCACCCUGUGCAAUAUCUUGAUGCUGGGUUACAUCAACUGGAGUGUUCACAGAGCACUCUUCACUGAGAAUCUCAUCUUGAAGCAACUGCAUCUAUCCGUGCUGCUGUUCUUUCUCCUGGGAGUCACCUGGAUUUUCGGACUGUGCGCCUUUUUCAAUUUCGGGACAAUAUUCUCGUAUCUCUUUUGCAUCACGGCCACAAUGCAGGGAUUCGUUCUAUUUCUUUACUUUGUGGUAUUCAACAAGGAUAAUCGCCGAUCCUGGCUGGGACUGUGCCGUCUCCGGCGCUCGAAACGUGUUGGGGAAGUCAUAGAACUGGCCACCGAAUCGAAUUUUAAGAACUCAUUGAAAACUCAAAGUACAAGUAACUAAGUGUGCGCAGUUUAGAGAUUAUAAAUAUAUUCGAAUAAGGUAAAUUAUUCUGUUUGCUAUAUAAGAUACAAUAUUUUAAAAUGUAUAUAGUCUAAUAAUAUAUUUAUAUUGGAAACAUGAACUAAAAAACCUUAAAUAUAAAUAUUUUACAGUGUACUUUCCUAAAUACAAAAGAUAAGAGUUGCAGAACACACAGAUACCCAAAAGAUACUUUGAUAAAAAGUGACAUUGCCCAUGAAUCUCGUUAAGAUAACAAAUUUAUCCCACAG